AUGCGAGGAACUGCUGGAGUGCUUGCCGUGGCAGUGACUGCACUGCUUGUCUGUUGCAGCGCUGAUCCUCACCAGGAACAAGACGUGUCUGGCAACGAUCAUACCUCUGGGGAACGCUACGAUGCCGCCGAGUAUAAACAAAAAGAAGAUAUUGCCGACAUUUUACGAUUUCUUGUACGUUAUGAAAAUCGUAAUCUAAACGGAAUUGGAGGAAGUUCGCUUAUUGGAAGAAAUGCGAAUGGAAUUGAGGGAGGCGCAUUUUCGAGCAAGCAUUUGGGCGGGCUUGGAGGAUCCACUCUUAUCGGUAGAAAUUUGAACCAUUUAAGAGGAUCUAGCAUGUUACAGAGUGGAAACGUUCAUGGUCUUGGCGGAUCAAGUCUCAUUGGAAAAAAUCUUAACGGUAUUGGAGGAUCUACAUUAUUGGGAAGAAACGCUGAAGGGGAUAAAACAGAAUCUACAAGAUUUCUCGAUCCUCUUGGAGGUAGCAACUUUGUGCGUAACUUAGACUCCCUUGGAGGAGCUAAUUUUGUCAGAAACUUAGACUCUCUUGGAGGAGCUAAUUUUGUCAGAAACUUAGAUUCGCUCGGUGGAGCUAAUUUUGUCAGAAACUUAGACUCGCUUGGUGGUGCCAAUUUUGUAAGGAACUUGGACUCGCUCGGUGGCGCGAACUUCGUAAGAAAUUUGGAUUCCUUGGGCGGGGCCAACUUUGUGAGAAACUUAGAUUCACUCGGAGGAGCGAAUUUCGUGAAGAGGAAUCUUGACCAGCUAGGUGGUCCUAACCUCGUCAAGCGUAAUCUUGAUUCUUUGGGAGGUGGUAACUUGGUACGAAACUUAGAUGCUCUGGGAGGGGCUAACUUUGUUUAA